GCAGCAGCAGCAGCAGCAGCAGCAGCAGCAGCAGCGGUAUUUUCCUGGGAGUUUGCAGAGAGGGAGAAUGAUUGUGCGGAGGGACGAGCCGCCGCUGCACUGACAACAUGGGGUUCUUGCCUCUCCAAGGAGGUGGAAGGUGGAGGCUCCGGCAUUUCGUCCUCUUCGUUCUGCUGUGGAUGUUUCUGGACGGGACCGCUCCAGUACUGGGCUGCAGCUCCGUAGAUUGUAACGUGGUGCUGACUGAGGCCCAGGGGAAGUUCUCGUCACCCUGCUACCCCCAGACAUACCGCAACGGUCUGACCUGUAAGUGGACCAUGCAGGCGCCGGCCGGCUUCAUCGUUCAGCUCACCUUCUUGGACUUCGAACUGGAGGAGGCGCAGAACUGCAUGUACGACCGGGUGGUGGUGAACACCGGCAGCACAGAGUCAAAGUUUUGUGGGCUGACAGCCAGUGGUUUGACUCUGAACUCUACGAGAAACGUGAUGGAGCUUUCCUUCGUCUCUGACUUCAGCAUACGGAAGAAGGGGUUCAUGGUUAGCUUCCAGCAUGUUGCCGUGGCCCUGAGGAACCAGAAGGUGAAAAUCCCAAAUGGUAACGGACAAAUCGCAAAGGUCACCAGCUCCAUCCCGGCGCUCAAUGCACUGACCAUAUGCUUUGAGGUGGAGAGAGAGGCCUUCAAUCAGAAUGAGUGGCUCUUCACCUACUACGCUAACAACAAUGACGUGGCGCUGAGCUUUGGCUACAAUCAGACGGGCAUGGAGAUGGUUAUUGACGGCGUGACCUGCUCAGUGAAGUCAAUCAUCUCCGCUAAUGACUUUACCUCCUCCAUGAAGUCCUUUUGUAUCCUCUGGACGUCCUCCGACGCCCUCAUAGCGGUUUACUUCAACGGGACCUACUGGGGGAAGACCUGCUCACUUACUAGUGGCCACACUGUACCGGCUGGAGGAAACUUCCACUUAGGAGGGCAGUACAGUUUCAAAGGGAACAUGUACAACUUCCGCCUGUGGGAUCAUGCCAUGUCGAUGCAGGAGCUCAAGACAUUGACCUGCGACAUGGUGGGGAACAUCGUCGACUGGGACAACAGCCACUGGGCCAUCUCAUCCUCCCUCGCUCAGACCGACAACACGCUUAGCUGCAGUUCCACACCAACGUUGGGCUGCGACUCGGGCGGACCGGGCUGCUCAGCCGCUUCCUCUCCCACCGCCUCAUCCACUGACUCCACUAACUCUGGCCACGCUACUAACGCCAUCUCCCACGCACCCCCUCCCAUCCCUUCACCCCUCACCCCCGCCUCUAGCAUGCCUCUAACCCCAAUCCUCACCAGCAGCGCUCUCAGCUCCUCCUCAUCCUCUGCUUCCGCCCCCAGCGACACCAGCGCCGCUACGCCUUCACCCACCGCUGCUGUCGCUGCUCCAGCCGGCAGCACAACCGACGCCGAACAGACGAGCAGCAUCACUGAAGCUGUUUCCUCCGCUAGCACUAACCACGCAGCUACUAACAGCGCGCCGCUUGCUUCUUCUGUCGUUUCUUCACCUGAAACUCUUCCAGGGACGACGCUCCAGCUGCCGUUUCUAACCACCAGCCAUCCGUCCAUUAACAAAGCUGACCCUGAUGUUUCCUCUCGGGAUGGUUUGUUCUACCAGGUCUCCUUCCUGCUGGAGUCUGAGCUGAACCAGCAGGCGGUGCAGCGAGGCGUGGCUCUCUGGCUCAACCAGACGUUCCAGAACUGGACCCAUUCUGUGGAUGACGUCAGAGUCCAGCAGAGCGGAGCCUCAAACAGUUACUCCUGCCAGGUGCUGCUGGUGAUCACCAAUGAGAGUCUGGGGAAGGACGACAUCUUGGCCCAGGUGCGCAGCGGUCUCGCCAGUACCGGCCUGCAGAUCCAAACCGCCAGCAUCAACGUCAACCUAAUAGAGAACUGCCCGAAGGACAACCACCGUCUCUACCUGUGGCCCGAGACCAAACCCAGACUCACCCAGUACCAGCCCUGCUUCCCCAACAAAGACCUGAGCGCCUCCAGAACCUGCGUGAUAAACCCAGAAACCUUCCGCUCCCAGUGGUCGGCUGCCAACCUCACUAACUGCACGGUCACAGCAGAAAACGCCGCGGGCGUGGCGGAGCAGCUGGCCAACUUCACCAAACACACGCUGUCCAACGCUGAGGUCUCCCAGGUCAUGACGAAGGUGCGCGAGCUGGUCAACGUCGCCAAGAUCGACUCCGCCGUGGCCGGAUCCGUCGUCCACAUUAUCUCCAACGUCAUGAUCGGCUCGGAGAAACCGCCGGAGAGGAACACCUCCAAAAUAGCGCUCAGGGCUGUGGAGAAGCUGGCUAAGAAGGUGGAGUUCGUGGGUCCGUCCAUGAACAUCACCUCCAAACAUCUGGCUCUGGGAAUUCUGGCGCUCGACUCCAGGUCCUUCAACGGGACGUCGUUCAGCGCCUUCUUCCUGCCGAACUCCACCGACCCGACGAUCGAGUUCGACCGGACGGCCAACCCGCUGGCGCAGGUGACGCUGCCCGCCUCCCUGCUGUCCGGCGUGUCGUCGGGCGACCUGGACAGGUCGUCUCUGUCCAGGAUCAACUUCAUGUUCUUCAGCAGCCCCAGCUUCUUCACGAAAGAGCAGAAGGGCCUGUCUCUGAACAGCUACGUUGUGGCCAGCAGCGUGGGGAACCUGUCCAUCAGAGACCUGAGGGAUCCGGUGAAGAUCGAGAUCGCCCACCUGUCGGAUCAGGUCUCGGCACGCAGGGAGUGCGUUUUCUGGGACUUCACAAUGAACAAGGGCAACGGAGGCUGGAGCAACCGCGGCUGCAACGUUUCCAAACAGUCCAGCACCAACAGGACCGUCUGCCUCUGCAACCACCUGACUCACUUCGGCAUCCUGAUGGACAUUUCCCAGACUUCAUUUCAAAUAGAUCGGGAAAACCAGAAGGUCCUGACAUUCCUGUCCUACAUCGGCUGCGGCAUCUCGGCCCUCUGCUCCGCCGCCACGCUGCUCACCUACAUCGCCUUCGAGAAACUGCGGCGAGAUUACCCGUCUAAGAUCCUGAUGAACCUGAGCGCGUCGCUGCUGCUGCUCAACAUCGUGUUCCUGCUGGACGGCUGGCUCGCCAGCAUGGCCGACAGCGAGGGGCUGUGCACGUCGGCGGCCGUCCUCCUGCACUACUUCCUGCUGACCUCCUUCACCUGGAUGGGCCUGGAGUCCGUCCACAUGUACAUCGCUCUGGUCAAGGUCUUCAACACCUACAUACGGAGAUACAUCCUGAAGUUCUGCAUCGUGGGAUGGGGUUUACCUGCAGUCCUGGUGGGAAUCAUCGUCUCGGUGAAUAAAAACUAUUACGGCGUCUUGAAGGGCCGCGAUGACGACUCAGCAAUGAUCUGUUGGAUCAAGGAGAAGAGCGUCUUCUACACCACCUGCGUGGGCUACUUCUGCCUGAUGUUCCUGCUCAACGUGGCCAUGUUCAUCGUGGUGAUGAUGCAGAUCUGCGGCCGUAACGGCAAACGCAGCAACCGCACCCUGCGGGAGGAGGUUCUUCGAAACCUUCGGAGCGUGGUCAGCCUCACCUUCCUGCUGGGGAUGACGUGGGGCUUCGCUCUGUUCGCCUGGGGACCCGUCUACCUGACCUUCACCUACCUGUUCACCAUCUUCAACUCCCUGCAAGGUCUCUUCAUAUUUAUCUUCCACUGCGCCCUGAAGGAAAACGUGCAGAAGCAGUGGAGGAGAUACCUCUGCUGUGGCCCCUACCGGCUCUCAGAGAACUCAGACUGGAGCAAGACGGCCACCAACAACACGAAGAAGGUGAGCUCAGACAACCUGGCCAAGUCGCUGUCCUCCAGCUCCUUCGGCUCCAGCACCAUCAACUGGACCGCCAAGGCUAAAGCCACGCUGACGCCGUUCUCCAGGCGCAGCCGCAACGCAGAAAAACGUUUCUCCAACCAGACCGGCCCCAAGUGCGUCUCCUCGACCUCUUCCGACGCAGAGCCCAACUCCUCUUCCUCCUCCUCUUCCUCCUCCUCCAUCCUCCCCGUCAGCCAGAUGAUUGACAAGGUGAAAGGCUACUGCUCCACACGCACCGACAACUUCUACAAGAACAUCAUCCUGUCCGACAGCUUCACCAACUGCACCCGGCUCUAGACCCGCCUUCUCGGCCCCUGGGACACCUUUUCUUGUCCGGUUGUGGUUUUUCUAAAUAUUCCCGACGCUUUUUGGAACCUGGGAUUUUUUUCUCUUUCUGGAACAUCGUCAAGCAUCUAAGAUGUCUUCGUUGCUGAUACCCAGAGAAGGUUGUCUUGAUUUUAAGGAGCUUGAAAAUCUUUGUAAAUCUGACCCAGGACGUCUUUCCGCCGUCUUCUUAUGCACCUAAAGGGAAAUGUUGGGUUAUUAUGUUUUUUUUUGUGUGUUAUAUAUGUUUGUUUGUAGUUUUUGUAGAAGUAGCAGGAGUUUAAAAUGUGGAAAUUCUUUGAAUCAAGAACUUUGUUCGAGUUCAGCUCAUUAAAACUAAAGCAGCGCCAUUAAAAGCUAGUCCUGUCCUCCAGAUUUCUAUAAAUUAUAAAAUAAUUGAAGUUUUACUUCAAUUUCAAGAAUUCUUUUUAGCCAGAGAAAAAACAGGUGGAGCAAUUUAUUUGUUAAGAAAUCGAUAGUUAGAAGCGAUCAGCGCACACAGUUGGAAACUACAACAGAACGAUGGGUUCUGGGUUAUAAAGGAACCUGGGUCCAUUUUCUUGUUUAAUUGGUUAAAAAAAAGGUAAAUACAUUUACUUUGGGGUUUUAUUUAGUCACACUAAGAAACAAUAGCUAUGUACAUAAACUGUGCUGUGAAAAAGUCUUUUGCUGUUUUUCUUUUCAACGCCAAAAGUUUUAGAUCAUCCAUAAAAUAUUAACAUCAGACGAAGAUGUUCUGAUUAAACACAAAAGUCUUCCAGUUAUGAUUUGAUUUAUUAAUGAGACUAAAAGCUGUCCAAACCAACCUGGCCGUGUGUGAAAUGGUAAUCUCCUCUUUUUUUAAUCCUGAAUUAACUGUAAGCGUCCACUAAAGGAGAAAACAGCAAAGGACAGAGAACCGGAACGUUCUGCAGCGGCCUAGUCAAAGUUCGGACUUCAAAGGUGGGACUUCAUGCUGGAAAACCCUCCAGUGCGGCUGAAAUUAAGUAAUUCAGCAAAGUUUUUGUUGUUAUGGAGCAAAAAGCACCACUUUUUUUAUAUUUUUGUCUGAUAUUAAUACUUUUUGAUGAUCUCAAACAUUUAGGUGUGAUUU